UUCCCUUUACUAAAGCAAAGCUACCUCAGCAUAAUACUGCCUGCCACCACCAUGUUUCACUGUGGAGAUGGUGUAUUCAGACAGCGUUAGAUUUCUUGCUACAUAUUGCAUUAUGCAUUCAAGGCUAAAAGGUUAUUUUGUCUCAUGUGACAAAAAACGACACGUUUCUUCUAUAAGAAUCCACUUUAUUCACCAAGUUUGUCCAAACAAACAAGGAAUUUGACUUUGGUUCCACGUUGUUCUCAUUGAAGCCAUUUCAAAAAUAGUUUCUCAAGAAAAAAAAGAAAAAAAAUGUUGAGAAAUAAAAUGUUUAUUUUGUCUGGUGAAUAUGCAUGCUACACGUUUUCAAAAGAGAAAAACGAGGUUGACUAAGCGCAAAUGGCUUGAUAAAAUAAUAAAGAAAAGGAGACAUUUCAGUGUGUGUUACUGUGAUAAAGCAGUACAUAAUGCCAAACUAUGUUCAAAUGAACUAUUUCCAAUAGUAUGUAUUUUUCUCCAAAGUUAAUUUAACAAGUUUGAGUCUCGCGUCUGAAGAGCCGUUUCUUUUACAACUCCGCCAUCACUUGGUCGGAGCCCGUAAUCACACCAAGACGUCAUCACCGCGCGACCAGGAAGUGCUGCUGCUGUCGCGCUUGUCCUUCACUUUGGCAUCCACUUCAUUUUGUUACAAAAGUAUUGCAUGUGUUGUUUAUUGAGGUAUUUUUGUUGUUGUUGUUAUUUUAUGGAGUGACAGCGGGGAAGAGAGAAAGCGGUCGGAGCCACGGAAUCGUCUGCUUAUUUUUAGCUUUUAAUUUGCUGAUCAGGGAUGGCGGCUCCGACCUCAGCGGAAAGGAAAGCCUGCUGGGAAGCCAGGGAUCAGCUCUGGCAAUGUCUGGAUGACAACAAUGACAAGAUUCAGUCCUGUCAGAAGUUCCAGAGGGAUUUUGAGGCCAAAUGUCCAGCUCAGUGGGUGAAGUAUUUCACCAAGAGGAGAGAUUUCCUGAAGUACAAAGAGAAGAUGCAGACAGAAGGGUUCAAACCUGCUGAAGGCCCACGAGUAAACUCCUAACUGCUUGGGAGCAGGAAAGCUGCAGAGACUUUUAACCACACCCAGAACCUCUGGCAAAGGAGCAGGACCCGAGUGGAGUUUUCAUUGUGAAUAGAAUACCUCUUCUUCAUCUGCAUCACUAUUUAUUUGUUAGGAUAAAUUUAAAUAUUAUUUUGAACCCUAAUUGUUGCAUAACAUGCUUGACAAAAAUGGUUUGAGCUACUUCCUUAAAAAUGAUUAAAAUAAUGUCUUCUCAUGUUUUCUUUAAAAACUGAUCUUAAUGUUAGAUUAAUUCACUGGAAUCCAGGCACAAGUAACCAAGACUGCACCCGGACAAUACUAAUCUGAAUAAUGGGUACUUUCAGUACCAGAUCAGGUGUUUUUGAUGCAGGACAGUCAAGACUCUUGGCCCAUCUGGAAAUGCAUUACCAGUUUCUAGUGUUUUGAAAUAAAUCAAAUCAACCAAGUGAU